UAAUCAUCUAUUAAAUAACAAGAUAGAAACCAAGAUAACUUUCGAAUAGAAUUUAGCCUUAACCGGAAAAGAAAGAACAACUAUCCUCAAUCGAAGAAAAAAGUAAAAACUAAAAUGAAUAUUCUUCCCCAUAAGAGUUGGCAUGUCCGUACCAAGAAGAAUAUUGAGAGGGUGAGGAGAGAUGAGGCCAAAGCUGCUGAGGAAGAAAAAGAAAAACAAAGAAGAAUUGCUCUUGCUGAGCAAGAGUCACGGACAGAUCUGUUAAGAAAACGGGCAAGGAACAGGCUUGAUGAAGAGGAAUUAGAACAUUCUGCUCUUAAAGUACCUAGAGUAGAAGAUAAUGGCGAGGCAUCAUCAUCAAAGAGUGUCGAAGAAUCUGGGGCGACGUCUAAAGUCAUAGAUAUAUACACAAAUACAGGUCACAUAAAUUUCUUCAAGGAUAUAGAGGCAGGGGAAGUGAAACACGGCAAAAAUAAAGAACAUGAAGAUGAGAAAAAAGCGGAGAAAGAAAAAUGGGAGAAAGACAUCGGUCUGUUAACAUACCUUGGACAGAGUUCAGUGGAGUCAUCAGAACAAGCUCCCUGGUAUUUAUCUGGGAAGAAAAGAGAGAAGGACCCUUUAGAUCCUGUGGUGAAAGACCGAAAACUAAAGAACAGAUUAGACCCUUUGAAUGAAAUGAAAUCAUAUAUACACAAGAGCAAGCAUAAACAUAAACUUGGUGAUAAGGAAAAGCAUCAUAAACAUAAGCACAAGAAGAAAAUUAGAGAGAAGGAGCCGAAAAAACAUGAAAAACAUGUGUCCGCAACAAAAACUAUUGAACAGUUACGUGCAGAAAGGAUAGAGCGGGAAAAACAAGAAAGACAAAAAGCUCUUGACCUUCUAUCUGGAGGUCAAGGUCAAAAGUCAAAGGUCAUUGAAGAACCUGUUGAUGAACGACAGAGAGGGUAUAAUUCAGUGUUUAAUCCAGAGCUGGCGAGGAAACCGAAGCAUCGGCAUUCUUAUGAAGAACGUUACGGAAAUUUUUAAAAAUUCAAUGAUUUUAUAUAUAUAUUUCUAUGGGUAUACCAUGUAUGUUAAUGUAGUAAAUUGUAAUAAGUAUUAUUUAUAAAUUGUUACAACUA